UAUUCUUUUUCCUUUUUUCCCUCCCUUCAUUUUGUAGCGACAACAACGCGUAAGAGACUCAAGAAAUUAAAUCCCUAUUGGAAGCUGCAAUUUCUCACUCACAUUUCAAAGCUUUGAUCUACAGUUGCAAUGGCUCGUACAAAGCAGACUGCCCGUAAAUCCACUGGAGGCAAAGCUCCACGAAAGCAGCUGGCUACAAAGGCUGCCCGUAAGAGCGCCCCUUCCACCGGAGGGGUUAAAAAGCCUCAUCGCUACAGGCCUGGUACCGUGGCUCUGCGUGAGAUCCGUCGUUACCAGAAGUCCACCGAGCUUUUGAUUCGCAAGCUGCCGUUCCAGCGCUUGGUGAGAGAAAUCGCGCAGGACUUCAAGACAGAUCUGCGUUUCCAGAGUGCAGCCAUCGGCGCUCUGCAGGAGGCCAGCGAGGCCUAUCUGGUGGGUCUGUUUGAGGACACCAACCUGUGUGCCAUCCAUGCCAAGCGUGUCACCAUCAUGCCCAAAGACAUCCAGCUGGCACGUCGCAUCCGUGGGGAGCGCGCCUAAUUAUUAUUUUUUUCUGUCUUAUGAAAUGCUCUUCUCUUAUCCCGUCACUAUCCUUUCCUUCUCCCUACAUAGAUAGUAGUUUGGUUUGAGGUUCUCUAUAUAUCAUGACUGUGAUAACCGUAAAUGUGUGAUUAUGUCUUGGUUGGUGCUACAAGUAGAAGAAUUUCUUUAGAUAUAUAUCAUUUAAGUUUGAAACUUUACCCUUCUCACUUUAGCUAUCGCUAUGAAUAAGGUGUUUUUGCUACCCAUGACUAGUGUGUAAUCUGGAAUGAGUUUAGUACAUAGCGUUAAAACAUUUUCAUCUUCCAACGGACACAUUCGUUGUUAUAAUGGGUCUUCUGGGUUUUUUUUGGUCAUUUUACAGUAGACAUUUAUUUUAAACAGUCAGUUCUCUUUUUUACAACAGUGGUGUUUAAUAUUGUAUCCGAAUCCAAAUGCUUUAUUCUGGUUGUCAAUUUCAAAUGUCACUGCACUAUAAUGACUCUGCAUGGUUUGACACACAAAAGCGGCAUAUAUGUAGCAGACAUAAUUAGAUUUUACGCUUGGUUUUCACCACAUUAUUAUGUUCAAGCAAUGUUAUGAUUUUUGGUUUCUCUCUCAGGUCGAUAACCUAUUUUUUUCUACUGUUUUUGAUUUGUGUUUUUGGUCAUUUUGAAGGCUAAAACAUUUGUACUCCAAAAUUCACAUACAAACAACAAUAAAACUAAUUGUGGUUAAA